AUGUUUAUUAAGAAAACAUAAUUAAUUUUAUGGUAAAAUCUGAUUAAAAAAUAAUAAAACAAAUAAUACAUAAAUUUUUAUUUUGUUAGUUAGCUUGUAAAAAGAAAGAUGGAUUUGUCUAACAACUUACUUAAAAAUAGAAUUUAAGAAGCCAUAAAGAAUUACUAUGAAAAGAAAUUCUUAAUAACUUUGAAGAUGUUUAAAAGACCUAAACUACUCAGCAUAAUUGUUUUAUGCACUCGCUACUUUUAUUAGCUUGAAUUAUUAAUCUCUGAAUAGAUAAUCUAAACACUCAAAGAUAUCGAUAACAACUUCGAUAUCCUGCUUCAACUUUAGUUAUUAAAAAGCUAUAGCUUCUCGAAUGAUAUAUUAUAUGCUUUUUGCGGUUUUAAUAUCAUAAUUUUUUCUCUUUUCAUUUUAUUCUUUAUCCUCCACAUAACAAAAAUAAAAUAUACCAAAUUUCAGAAGAAAGUAACAUUAGUCUUUAGUAUAAUAACUCAGCUGUAUAAUUAUAUUUUUUUCAUCCCUUCUCUAUACUUUUCUUUAAGUCUACUUGAUACCUCAAUAGUACCGUAUAUAAAUCUACCAUUGACAUUUAUUAUAAGCAUCAUAAUUAUUAUACACGACUAAGAUUUUAAUAUUAUAGUAUCAGAUUACUUAGCAAGAAAUAGUUCCUUUUUAACUAAAAUUUUAUUCUUACUACUUGAAACUAUUUAGGUUUUCAUAUAUGCUUUGGUUAAGGAUUAAAAAGGAACUUGCAUUAUUUCACUGAUCUUAGCAGUUUUUAAGAUUGCCUUCUCCUUUUAAUACAGAAGCAAUAUAAUUUCACAUUAUAGCCUUUUUCUCUCGCUCACUAUUUUCUCUAUUACAUCAAUAACUACCAUUUGUAUAUUUAGUAAGAUUCAUUUUUCUUUCAUAGUUUGUUUCUUAAUCGCUAUAUCUUUAUCAUACUCUAUAAGCUGCAUUGUCUGCAGCUAGUAUUAUUGUAUAGAAAAGCUAAAAUCUAUAGAUAAUAUUGUUGAAAAGCCCUAAGUAUUGAAUUUGCUUCUUAGAUAAUUUUUGUAAUAGAUAAAAGUGGAAUUCGAAAAUUAUAGAGUGAAUGACUAUUCUUUAGUACUAGAAUAAAUUAUUGCAGAUCAUAUAUUAAACUGUACUCAAUAUCCAUCAUGCUAUUGCAGUUAUCAAGAAGAAAACUAAAAUGCUACUGAGAGUAAGUUAAAUCUUAUGAGUGGUGAAUUGAGAAAAAGGUAUCUUCUAGACUUUAUAUUCAAAAAUUUGUAAGAAUCAGUGGAGUAAAUGAUGAAAAAUAAAUAUGGAGUCAAUAUUGAAUUAGUAUUUAGCUAUUUAAAUUUUUUAAUUGAAAUUUAAAAAUCCAAAUUAUUAUUUUAUGUCGAACUUAUUAGAAUUGAAAAAUAGCUAAAUUUAUCCCCUCUCUAAAUGUGUUUUGCAAAUGAAAUUUAUGAUAAAGCUUAAGAUUUCUUCUAAGACCUAUACGUUUCUUAAAGUAGGAUAUAUAAGAGUGACUAAGAUAAAACAGUGAAUAAUAUCUAUAGAGAGGAGAUAAAUAAAUCUAAAUAAAUCUAAUUAGCAGAUUUAUUAGGAGCAAUUAGUUUUGAUGAAUUAAUAAAUAAGGCUGAAAAAGAAUUUUACAAAGUGAUAGAGUUGAAGGAUGACAUAUUAAUAUUGCUCAGUUAAGAUUCUAUAAGCUUAGAUGUACUUAAGAGUAAAUCAUAGCACUACUAUAAACAGCGAGAAGAUAUUUUAAAAACACUUAAGAGGCUUUAUAAAAUCAAUAGUAAAAGUUAUAGGCUUAACUAUUUGAUCGAUAAUUACUGCUUAGUUAUGAGUUUUGGUGGUAGUAAAUAUUCAGUUUUUGUCAGAGAUAAUGCUGGAAAUUUUAAUGAGUUUGAUGAAGAUUUUAAUCAUAAAAGCUAUGAAAAGUUAAAUAUAAAAAUUCAAAAUCAAGUGCAAUUAUUUUCGAGAUCAGUCUGUAUUCUUUUCAUAACUUUAAUUGAUUCUCCAGGUACAAUCAAAAGACUGCAAAGUAGUUUUUAAUCAAUAUUUGGUUACACUUCUUAGGAGGCUUUAAAUAAAGACAUUUCUUUAAUUAUUCCAAAGCUUAUUGGUGAACAUCACUACUCUUUAUUAAUGGAAUAUUUUUCAUAGCCAAACGUUUAUGAAAAUUCGUUAUAGAGAAGUUCCCUUUCUUCACUAUUGGCUAGAGAUGUUGAUGGUUGGGCUGUUCCUAUAUCAGUGUAUUUUAAAAGUGACUCAUUAGGAGUUAUAGAUUGUGGUCUAACAGCGUAUAUUGAAAAGAUUAAAAAUGAUUAUUUUUACCUUAUGCUCAGCGAAAGUGAUUUUAGAGUAUAGCUUAUGAGUUAAGAGCUUUUUGAAAAAAUAUUUAAAGAAAUAGCUCAUAAGAGCGAUAUAGAGAAAAUAUAUUUUAUUAAAAUAAUUCCUAUGCUUAAAUACUUUGAAAAGCUAAAGUCUAAUGGCUACUUAAAAUAUUAAAAUUGUUUCGAUACUAUUGGAUUUAUUCCAAAAUAAAAUUCUUUUAUUAGUAAGGAAAUGUCUAUUUAGGAGCAUUUGAAUUACUAGAAUUUGUUAAUUAAUCUGUAAGAUCUUAAUUUAUAAGAAUAUAAUAUUUACAGAGUGAGAUUUAAAAUCGUUUCUGUAAGAAAUAAAUUCUUUGAGUACCACACAAUAGAAUUUCAUUAGUUUAGAUUGAUAAAAACUCCAUAAUCUAUAAAAGAGUGUUUGAAAUUUCUAAAAUUUUAGUUCUAGAAUUUGUUAAAUAUAAAUAUUAACUUUGAUAGGUAGAUGCAUUCCUUAAUUCAGUUUCAGACACAAGCUUAUUCACAGUAGAACUAUUUCAAUAGUUAAUUUGGACACUAUGACUAAGAUUCAGACUCUUUAAAAGAAAGAGAUAGACCUUAAUUAGGCUAAGUAGAAAGCAUAAGAUAUUUAGAUUAAGGAGCUAAAUUUGAUAAUUAAUCUUCAGAUGAGCAAUAAUAAUAGUAAUAAAAAGCAAAAGAGUACUUUUAAUAUAACAGUCAAUUAGAUAGUUUGAAAUUAUCUCCUCGUCCUUCAAAUACAGCAGAAACUGAUAUGCAUGUAAAGUCUCAUUUUAGUAGAAUGGAUGUAUAAUCUCAAAUUAAGGAAGAUAAUGUUAAACAAUCCUAGAAUGUUACAACAGCAAAAAAACUUGAUUAAAACGAACUUGAUCAAUAUGAUAUACAUAUUGAGACUGAUUUAAAUAUACAUACGAAUCAUCAUGAAAUUAUUUCUCCAUAAAUUACUUCUACAAGGUAGCUAAAUCAAAAUGGGGAAUCAAAAUACUUUCCUUCUCUGAAAAAAGAAGCCAGUAAUACAAAUAGAAAUUUAAACUAUACUUCAAUCUAGGCAAUAAUAGAUGAUGAGGAAGACUACAUCAAAAAUCUAGCUCCAAUAUCAUCACAAAGAGUUAAUUUAAAAUAAGAGAAUGAUCUAGCACCUAUUAUAGAAUAAAAAUAAGAUAAAAAAGGGAAAAAAAAUAAUUGGUUCAAUGUGAUAAAUUAAAAAAUAAAGGAAAAAAUAAUUGGUUAAUAAAAUGGUUAAAAUUAAAUGGAUUCAUAAAUUUUUCAAUAGGCAAGCUACGUAAACGGAAAUAGGCCUUUUAAUUUAAUUCAAUUUAAUUUACUUAAUAAGCAAUCUAAUGGAGCAGAAGAUAGAGAAAAAGAAAUAGAAAAUUUUAUAAACAGUUUGGCAUAGAUAGAAUCAUCAAAGAGAGAAUUAAAUUAAUUGGCGAAUAAUGACCAAUAAUUUAACAGUGAAGAUGAUAGCAACUAAGAUGAAGACCAAAAGAAAAACUGUUAGAAACAAAAAAGUGAAGACGAUUCAUCAGAAAAUAGCUAAAAUGAUUCAACUAAUUAGAAAAAAAAUGAUGUGUAAAAAAAUUAAAAGAAAGAAUUUACAGAUAAAAAAUCUUUUACAAAAGCAAAAAUCUUAUAGAAUAAGAUGAAUAAAAACAUUUAAAGAGAGAUAUAAGUUACAGCUGAGGCAAAUUCUUCACUUAAUAGCUCAAGUCUUUCCAAGAAUGCCAAGAAGGCUUUAAGGAGGAAUAUAUUAGAAAAAAAAAAUAAUUUACUUCUUAAGAUACUAAAAAUAUUUGGAAUUGUUUCUCUACUUUGCAUAAUAGGAAUUACUCUUGUAACUUAUUUUUAAAUGAUAAACAAUUUCGAUAUAGCUUAGUAAACUUUUAAAUAUUUGCCGUGGCCUCUCGUUUUUCGCUGUAAUUAUUCUUUAUCUUCUCAUUAUAUGGCAAUACUGCAAAUAAUUAAAAGAAAGGUUUUUAAUAACCCAAGAUUCGAUACAUCUUAUUAAAGCGAAAUAAAAAGUAGAGUUGAUUUCUCUGUUUCUGACAUGAAUAGUCUUUUUCUUGAUUAUGAAAAUGGAGAUUAAAGCAAAUUAACAUUCUUUAAAUAAUUAAGCUAUUAAUAGGUCAAUAUGAUACUAAAUAAAGAUUUAGAAUCUGUGGAUGGUGAUAUACUAAAAUUUAAUUAGAAAGAUAAAAAUAUUGUGCAAAUGUCAAUGGCAUAUUUUUUAUAGUCAUCUGUAGGUUAUGUUUAUCGCUAUUCAACUGCUUAAAAUAACUUGUAUGAGUAAAUAGUUAGAUUAGAUAACGUAGCUUCUUUAAUUUCUAAUGUUACUGGAAUUGAAGAUUCUAUUUUAUCAUAGUGUAAUGAUAUAUUGUCUUCUCUAAAAUAAUCAGCAUUAAUUCUGAUGAUUGUUGUAUUUUUUAUCAUUUUUAUUUUUGUUGUAAGCAUUCAUCCUUUGUAUGCUUAUGCAUAGAUUAAACAAGAAAAUAUUCUCAAGCUAUUUGCAACAAUUUCACAAAGCCAUUUAAUUGAAAUGAUAAAACCAAUUAAUUAAAUUCUACUUCUAGCCCACUCACAUUAAAAAAUAAGGCUACCAGAAGUCUUGUAGCGUUCAUUGUAUAUAAAAAAGAGAAAAAAUAUUUCUUCAACAGACUCCUUAAAAAGAGUAAGGAAAAGCUUUAUCAUACUCUCCAUUAUAGUUUUUUGUUCUUUGAUCAUACAACCUAUAAUAAAUUAUACAUACAUAUCAGAUUUUUACGACCAGGCUUCUGACAAUAUCUAUUUAGUUUCAAUAUUAUACGAUUUGAGAGCAUAAUCUGUGAGCAAUACUUCCUAAAAUUACUAAUAUUUGCUAUCUGUAUUAGAUCCAACUUAUUUACUGUAUAACACUAACUACUACAUAGCUAGAAUACCAAAUUUAGUAAUACAAAAUGAUUAAAAAAUUAAAGGUAUGAUAGAUAUCUUAAACUAAAAUGAAGGCAAAAAGAAAUAUAAUUAAGAGCAAUUUAAUAGCUUUUUUAAUUAAAUUAUAUAUGGUGAUUUAUGUUAAGCUAUGACUUCUUACCCUUAGUAUGUAACUAUUGAAAAUAGGAUUAACUAUGACUCCUGUAUAAAUAUUAGGAACGGAAUGCUUUUAAAAGGAUUUGCCCUUGCUUACAAGGAUUUUCUAUCAGAAUUCAAAGAACUUUCAGGCAUUUAUAAUAUAACUGAUCCUUAAAAAGUAAAAUAUAAUUUAAUUGAUUGGGAAUAGAGGGUUGAUCUAAGAGAUUUUGAUGAUUACUUUACAGUCCUAUCCUAAUCUAUGAAUGCUAUUAAAGAUUUUAUUCUUUUAAUGAUGUAAGAUUAGCUUUCAUAUAAUUAAAACAUAGAAACUAUUUUAUUGGUUUAUUAAUAUGUUGUACUUGCUUUUGUAUUCUACUUUGGCUGGGUUAACUUUUAAAAAACAGUUAAAAGAGAAAUAUUUUAAGUGAGGUUGCUAUUGACUAUUUUAAACAUUGAAGUAAUUCUUGAAAACCCAUAUAUUUUAUCCUUUAUAAAUAAAUGA